CCCGACUCUUCCCCAGGCUCUUUGGUCUACCUGUGUUUCAAAAGAAGCGGAUUCUUCUGAAAGAUAAAUACUUAAUGUAAGUAAAAUAAGUUGUUCUCACUAACGGAACUCCAAAAUUCGAGACUCCACAAAGUAUAGCUCUGCUUCCAUGAUUCAGUGGAAAACUGUCCCCGAUGAAAAUAAUACAACAAGAAAUCGAUAUCAAGCAUACCACAACAGGAUCUAUUUAAUGCAGAAGUAUGCGACGUGUCAACCUAAAAAAGCUAAAGACUUCUAUGAAUGCCGAACCUUCAAGAGACAGACGGAAACCGACAGGGCAGUCUUCGAUUUCGAGUUUCUUUGGCGCGAAGAGCUGCAAAAGUAGUCAAGCAUUCGCAGACACCUCGAGCAAAAAGAGAGCUGCUGAUGAGGAAGCUGUAUGUGAGGACAAUAGCUGCAAACAUACUUUAGAGGGUCAAACGAAAAAGAAAAAGUUAUCAGAUGAAGUCAGCCAACACUUGGAUCAAUCUUUUACAAAAACAGUGACAAAACUCAAGGUAUUUGAAAAUGAUUCUGAAAUAUCCAAUUUACCAAAAGAAAAGACCAACCCUAUUGGAAGUGAUGUCAAGAAAAACGGGAAUUCCAUCUUUGGACACUUUAUCCAUAGUAGAAAAGUUAUGGAUCUAGAGCAAUACAAAAGAGAGGAGACAGCCACUGCAUUACCAGGGAGUAUAAACUCAUCACUAAAGAUUAACCAAAGAACCAAGUCUGUCUACACACCUCUGGAGCAGCAGUUUAUGGAAAUCAAGGCUAGAAACAGUGAUGCUGUGUUAUUUAUUGAGUGCGGAUACAAGUUCAAAUUCUUUGGAGAUGAUGCUGAGAUUGCAGCCAAGGAGUUGAAUAUCAUGUGUUUUAUGGAUCAUAACUUUAUGGUAGCUAGUAUCCCAACACACCGACUCCAUAUUCAUGUCAAAAGGUUGGUGAACAAGGGUUACAAAGUAGGCGUGGUCAAGCAGAUGGAGACCGCGGCCUUGAAGGCAGCAAGUGACAAUAAGAGUAAUGUAUUUACUCGAGAACUACAUGCUCUGUAUACCAAGUCUACACUUGUAGGGGAGGACAUGGAAGUACUUAGAGGAAAAGAAGAUGCAGCAGGUGGUGAUGAGGUUUCUUUAGAAGCACACGGAGGCUACCUGAUGUGUGUACAUGAAGAGGAUAGUGGUGCUAAAACUGGCAUUACUUAUGGCAUUGUGGCAGUUCAGCCAUCUACUGGGGAGAUCAUCUACGAUUAUUUUCCCGAUUCUCCAAGCUGCAGUGAGCUCGAGACGCGACUUGAACAUCUGUCCCCCUCAGAGCUCCUCAUUCAUGACACCCUCUCUGAAAGAACAAGGAGCUUCUUGGAUGUUUUCUCAUCCUAUUAUAAGAGUAGUGCAGACCCCAUCCGAACCGAGCGAAUACCAGACCCUCUACCAUCCUCACAAAGUGAUGCCAAUCAGAUACUCCAGGAAUUCUGCAACUCAACCGAUGAAACCUUUGGUAGCUCUAGCCCCAACUCACAAGAAACACUGUUACAGACACUCCUCACUCUACCCCUGCCAGUACAGAAAUGCUUUAUUUCUCUCCAAAAGUACCUCAAGGAUUUUAAGUUGGACAAGGUGUUAAAGCUUGCUGGGAACUUUGAGAAGUUCUCAACAAUUGCGAAAUUCAUGAAGCUGAAUGGUUGUGCACUUCAAAAUUUGGAGAUACUCAAAAGCCAGUGUGGAUCAAGGAAGGGCUCGCUUCUUGGGAUUCUUGACCACACGAGUACACCAUUCGGCAAGAGGCUACUAAAAAGAUGGAUCACACAACCGCUGUUGGAAAAAAGGGAGAUCGAAGAGCGUUUGAAAGCCGUCUCAUGUCUUUCUGCCCUCUCCUCUGAUCAGCCACUGCUUAAGAGCAUUCACCGACUCCUCUCUCAUAUUCCCGAUCUCGAAAAGGGGCUUUGCGCAAUCUAUUACAAAAAGUGCUCCACUGUCGAGUUCCUUUCCAUUGCUAAGGCUUUAUCCAAGCUUCACGAUGAACUAAAGUCGACAGAGCUAAAUUCUGCUAAGGAAUUGGCUGGAUCAUCAAUUCUAUCUCGAACAUUUACCGAGGUUCCAGAUCUCCUUAGUGGUGUAGAAGACUUUCUCAACCAGAUUGACGAGAAAGCUGCGAAAUGCGGCGAUAAAACCAAGCUGUUUACGGACCCUUCCAAGUUUCCACCUGUGUUGACAUGUAUACAGGAGAUCGAUGGUCUCACGGCAGAACUUAAGGAACACCGCUCAGAGAUACGCCGGACCAUACAACACCCUUCUGUCGAUUACUGCACAGUCUCAGGAAAUGAGUUCCUGAUUGAAGUAAGGAACGCCAAGCUUCCAUCAGUCCCUGCCGACUGGAUCAAGAUAAGCGCGACCAAGCAGAUCUGCCGUUUCCGCACGCCGUUUGUUGAGGAGAAAUUCAAGUCAAUAUGUCAAUGGCGUGAGAAGCUUGCGCAAGCGUGCCAGGAAGCCUGGUUGGAGUUCCUGGAUAUAUUCAGUACCAGCUACACACGCUUCCAUAGAGCUGUCAAGCUUGUUGCCAAUUUAGACUGCAUUAUGUCUUUAGCAACGGUUGCUAGGCAACCGGGAUAUGUCUGUCCAGUGAUAAAGAAGGAGACUGAGGCAAGCUCGGUCCUAAUCACACAGGGACGCCAUCCCGUUAUUGACGUUCUUCUGCAGGAGCAUGCACAGUACGUUCCCAACAACACGGAGCUAAAUACUGAGGGCCCGCGGUGCAUGAUAAUUACUGGCCCUAAUAUGGGAGGAAAGAGUUCCUAUAUCAAACAGGUGGCUCUGAUCGUGCUUAUGGCGCAGAUGGGGUCGUUUGUACCAGCACAUUCUGUCGAGCUGACGCCUCUAGAUGCUAUCUACACAAGGAUGGGAGCAUCUGAUCAUAUAUACAAAGGCCGGAGCACCUUCAUGGUUGAGCUUCAGGAAACUUCAGAGAUUCUAGCACAGGCCACUCGGAGAUCGCUCGUAAUUCUAGACGAGCUUGGCCGAGGAACGAGCACGCACGACGGGGUGGCAAUAGCUUACGCAACGCUCCGACACUUUAUCGACCAGACCCACAGCCUCACACUGUUCGUAACGCAUUACCCAAGCCUCGCCGAACUCGAGAGAAUAUUCCCAGGUCACGUGACCAAUAAUCAUAUGGCUUUCAUGACGUCAGACGGUGACGUCACCUCGGGGGAAAACGACAUUACUGAUGUUGCUUUAGAAACUGACGUUAUAAUACAGGCUGCUAUUGGUGCAUCGUUUGAUGGGCUCGCCAAGACUGAGUUAGCGUCUGUUGCUAUGGAUACGCCGGCUGUGACGUUCUUGUAUGAGCUGGUGCGGGGAGUAGCCGCAAGGAGUUAUGGGUUAAAUGUGGCGCGACUAGCGGGCAUCCCAAUCAACAUUGUCGCAAUGGCUGCUGGGAAGUCACAUGACUUAGAAAGCGAGAUAGCCAAUCGAAGAUCAAACAGAAUGAAGUUCCAGGAGAUCUGGCGGGUAAACAGCACCGACUCGAUAAGGAAUACUCUAUCCAUGGUAAAAAAAAACUGAUGGAAAAGUCUAGACAGCGUCAUUUGGUACGCGAACCUCUAUAUUUAGACAAAUGUCAAGACUGCAGACUGGAUGAAAAGACUAAUUUUACUUCAUGGCUUUUGGGGAUAUGUAUGCAUUUGAGGAAAAUACUUAAAAAUUUACUUAUGCAAUAUUGAUUUGCAUGGUGUAAAUGAAAAAAGAAUAAAUAUACAAAUGAAGAAUGGCACUUAUUCAAA